AUGCAGCAGGACAGAGAGAUUAUGAGGGAGCUAUGGCCACUUGCCUCCCACGACAUACUUGUAGACAACGGACAUUCGAGAGAGGCUGUCGAGACUGUACGUACCGAGGCGAUGCUGAGUGACACUGGCAAGAAUUCGAUGGGAAAUAGGGAAAUUCAAGUGAUCAACGUGCAAUCAACAGCUAAAGCGUGUGAUUUGGUCGAUCGAUAUCCUGUUGUGCACUUGACCGCGUUGUGUCUGGGCCCUUGUGCAUCUCGGUACCGAGUACCGGUUGUAUCACUUCCUUACAGACACGACGAUCACUCGCAGUGUUUAUCGUCUCAUCUAAGCUUUGCCUACGGAAACGGUCUAGAUGCUGACGUCGUGGCGGCUGUUGCAAGAAAGAUGAAUUGGACGUCAGCAGUGUAUGUAGGCGAUAACAAUGGCGAUACUUCGUUUAUCAACCGAUUGAGGCAUCAGAGUUUGACGUUUCGUAUUUCGGAAUAUUUCUUUCUGGAGAAGAAGAGUGAUCUCGUCGAUGUUGAUGCUGGAGUCUCUCGUGCGUUUGUUGAUUUCGUACUGGUUCACUGUAAUACACACACGUGCUACAAAAUUGUGAAAAAUCUAUUUCGCUUACAAAAGGAUUCGUUGCUGCCAUGGAUCAUAACUGGACAGUUAACAGAUCAUACUCGAGCAGCUGCUUUACCAGGUCCUCUUGUGGUACCAUCUAACACCUACGGUCUUCAGAAAGCUCUACCUCAAAGUAUUCACAUUGAUCAACUUCUCAAAUCAGUUCCAUCAAUACAGUUGUUAUCUCAAACAAAUCCUAGUCUUUGGCUAAAACUUCAGGUGCUUGACUUGCAUGACUCACUUGUGGUUCUCUUUCAAAUCAUAAAAGAUUACCGAAAGUGGAAUCUCACUGCAUAUGACUUUGUUCUCCGUAUAGUGAAUGAGUACAAUUUGUAUGGCGUCACUGGACCGAUUCAAUUCGACGUCAAUUCGGAGAGAGUCUAUAGCAUGCUUUACAACAUUUUAGAGCUAAGACCGUUUCUAGUUGCUACAAUUGGACUGUAUGACGUCACUACUGGAUGGGUACGCAAAAAAUCACCUUCAAGUGUGGAGAGUGGGAUAAACCUUGAUCGUUACCGGAGAGCUCCACCAAGAUGUGUUCCUGCCGAUGGUGUAUUUAGAGCCACAACUAUGAUAGAGCCUCCGUUUGUUAUAUAUGAUCCAAACAAUACUUUCUCGGGUGAAGCUCAUAACGGUCCUUUUACGGGCAUGGUCGUUGCCAUGAUGAAUUGGAUUGCUGACGAGAUGGGAUUUACGUACGAUCUAUCACUGCCACCCGAUCUGAAAUAUGGAUUGGUAAACGAGGCCGGUGAAGGCAACGGAAUGGAAGCUGACAUAAUUGCAGCGGCUAUUGCUGUCACGGAGAGUCGUUCCAAGUACAUACACUUUACGGAGUCUUACGCAGACGUGGGUAAAGCCCUUCUUGCGUAUGCGGAGCAUUCUCCAAGCUCGAGUCUGUGGUCGUUUCUGGAUCCUUUCGACGUCGCCACAAGAGCAGCUAUUGUUGCCGUCUUUGUUGUUGCUUGCGUCGUCUAUGCGCUUUCAAAGAAGCUAACUAGUUCUUACAGACAAAGUCGCAACACAGAUGCAAACGGCUCUUGUCUUCUGCAGUCGCUUGUCGAAGGUAUCAACUCGUUCUGGUUGUUUUACACUUCGGCAAUGCAACAGGGUCCGGAGCGCAUUCCGUUCGUGUCGGGUCGGAUCAUCGUUGCCGGUUGGUUUUUCUUCUGUCUGGUCAUUAUAUCGACGUACACGGCCAACUUGGCUGCGUUUCUCACUACGAAUAGUUUUAUUACCGACAUUAAUUCUCUCGACGAUUUGGCAUCGCAGACUGAGACACAGUAUGGGACGGUAAGGGAUUCUUCAAUAGUAGAGUUUCUAAAGACGUCUCUACAUCCAGUGCAUCAACGAAUGUAUAGAUUUAUAAAUGCAAGUGAUGAUGCCUUGGUGGACACUGCAGAUGAGGCCAUUCGUAGAGUUAAAUAUCAAACGAAAGGAAAUUUUAUUUUUAUCUGGGAUGAGCCGAUUCUCGAAUACGCCGCCUCCCAUCCACCAUGCAAAAGCCACGUGAUUGGAAAAAGGUUCAAUACUCAAACGUACGCUUUGGCAAUGCCCAAGCAAAUGCCUUACGCCAAAAAUUUUUCAUUGGCAAUUCUGAAAAUGAGGGAGUCGGGAUUUCUUGAUCUUCUGGCUGUCAAGUGGCUAAAAUCGGGUGUGUGUGGCACGAGUCGAUUGUCCACAAAGGACACCGACGUCAAGCAUCUCCGGAUUACUGACUUGCAAGGUGUCUUCGUUAUUCUAGCCUUUGCAGUCGGAUUGUCGGUUGUCGUUUCCGUACUUGAACGGCUGCGAAGGAGCAUGAGACAAGAACGGAAUCCACCUGAUACAAAGUCCGAGAAAACAACCGUUACCCUAAAUACGGACGCGUCUGAAAUUAGAGAUAUACAAGAGAUGCCAAAAGGUGGACAAAUGGAAUCGCAGACUGCAGGCUCUCGUACUGAACAACCGGCAAGAUGCGUUUCUUUGCUGUAGAUUAUAUAGAAGACUCUAAGUAGUGUAGAUGAUAGAGUCUGGACCACUUGCUCCUUGUGGGCUUGUGAUCUGCACAUGGAGAUCCGCCAUCAUCUAUACUUAGUAUAUACAAAUCUUUAAGAUAUGCAGUCCACCAUUUAUAGUGGUCUAGAAUGUUGUGUCUAUUAAAAAAUUAUAAGUAGAAUAAAAAUAC